AUGAUUGCUUUGGCCAUUAUGGUGGCAGCUGCUCAUUUUUUGAACCAUCCACCGGCUCCGAUUCCGAACCCAACACCCUCUCCUCCGGCCAAUCCAAACUUAUUAGCUAUUGUGCCUUAUCAACCACAGACUCCAACUCCGAUUCCAGCUCCCUCACCUCCGCCCAGCCCCGACACACUAGCGAUAGUACCUUAUCAACCACCUCGUCUGAUUCCAACCUAUGACUCCCCGAUACACCACCACCCUCCCGGACCACCCCCAGCCACCAACUCACCUGUUUCAUCUACCACCACAGUGGAAAUUCACUGUGAUGUGGUCUCCCUCACCCAUCUUCCAGCCCCAAUAUAUGACAGAUACGAUGGUGAGGAGGAUGGUAAUAACAAUGAUGAUGAGGAGGAUGGUAAUAACAAUGACGACAUUGAUAAUAUGAUUGCUCGAAUUUUUGAGCAGUACCAGCCAAUUUUCGAGGAGCACCAGCCAUUCGAUGGGAGGCUUCCUCUUCGAGGCUAA